AUGAUUUGUGCGGAGUUCAUUAGCAAAUACGUGGAUUUUUAUGUUAUAGUCAGCUUCUUGAUUGCUGGCACUGCACUUGAUCUACUGACAGCCAUCGGCAUCUAUCACUAUUUCCGGGAAAAUAGUAGAGUCGAUCGCCACUUCAGCCACACCGACGUAUUGUUUUUUAUACAGUCGUGUACGACCAACCUCCUACUAAUAGUAUGUUUAUUGAUUGUCGCAAAUCUUAUCCCAGUCUACCAAGCUAUAUUUGGAGAAAGACAGGAGCACUUUGCUAAAUUCGUCAUGACCACGCUUCUAAUGGAAACCAGCCAUGCUUUGGAUGGUCUGAUUAUGGUCAUAUUCAACCCAAAGACCCGUGCACAGCUACUAAGACCGCAAGGCAUCUUUAAGAGAGCGAAAAAGAACCCCGUCGUGUGCACCAUCACAGUCACUAGCGCAGAAGAAGCAUUGCCGGUUGCAAAUCAGUCUUGGAGAAAUUUGAGACGAUUAGUCGUCACAUCAGCGUUGCUUUCAAAUAAAUCGAAAGCUGAUUAUUCGCAAGAGGUCCCCGAAGUUGGCAAUGACGGAUGUAGUGAACGGGUGUGGACUACGGCUGUACGAGGCGUGCAACGAGAUUUGCCAAUUGUUUUGCGUAAGUAA